UCUCCCCGCGCUGCCUCAAUACAACUUGAUUGGAUAGCCGUUAUCUCAACCAGAAUUAUUCUCUUUCUCUCCUUCUCAUAAUUAAUUCUGUGUAAUAUUCAAAUAGGGUAAAGAGGGUAAGGAAGAGGUUGUUGGUUAUUGGUAGUUGUUUCUAAUUAAGAAUGCGCGCCCACUUCACUUUUCUUGAUCACUGAACUUCUUUUCUCUUUAUAUAUAAAACACCCCAUUUCAAGAUCUUGUCCUUAAUUUGCAUGAACACUAUAUUGUUUUCAAUUUCGUUGUUAAAUAAUGGAUUUCUUGAAGGAAAUGGCAUGCAAAAGAAUCCAUGAUCGUUCAGAAAACACGAUGAUGUCCGAAUCAAGGAGGAGAGUUGUUUGGGUCGAUGGCCCAGUAAUCAUCGGUGCCGGGCCGUCCGGUCUAGCCACGGCAGCUUGUCUUAAAGAAAAAGGCAUUCCAAGUUUGAUUCUUGACCGGGCUAAUUGCAUAGCUUCUCUUUGGAAACUCAAAACCUACAACCGGCUUAGGCUCCACCUUCCCAAGAAAUUUUGCAUGCUCCCUCUACUGUCAUUUCCUCCAAUUUACCCUAAUUAUCCAACCAAACAAGACUUUGUGACCUACUUGGAAGCCUAUGCUCGACACUUUAACUUGGAGCCUGAGUUCAACCAGACGGUUGUGAGUGCAAGAUUUGAUGGAUUAUGGCGGGUUACGACGGUCGGGAUUAAAAUGGAGGAGAGGGAAUAUGUGUGCCAAUGGUUGAUCGUUGCCACAGGCGAGAAUGCCGAAGAGGUAAUACCGGAGUUUGAAGGCAUCGAUAAAUUUGUUGGGCCGAUAACUCAUUCGAGUUCUUACAAGAGUGGGGAUUCGUAUCGAGGAAAAAGGGUUUUGGUUGUUGGAGGUGGGAACUCUGGCAUGGAGGUUUCUUUGGACCUAUGCAACUGUAAUGCUAGCCCGUCACUCGUGGUUAGGGAUUCCGUGCACGUUCUGCCUCAAGAGAUGUUUGGGAUUUCAACUUUCGGGCUGGCCAUGAAAUUGCUACGAUGGUUCCACGUCAAGCACGUUGAUCGAUUUUUACUUGCGAUUUCGCAUUUUAUGCUUGGCAACACCGCCAAUGUUGGACUCAAGAGACCA